UGUCAUUUUUGGUCUGAAGUGAUAAACUCAGCAGGUGGGUGAAAAGACUUGCUAACUAACUUAGCGCCUAACUAGCAAAACGAAAGGUGUGAUAGCAGGACACUGGUUUGGACGUAUUAAUUGAGUCUUGUAAGUGUGGCACCUGCUCGGGAGUAUUCAUUUAGUCUACCUGGUAAAAUCUCAAGGAGGACAGCAGCAUGGAGGGAAACGUGCAGCAGAAAGCAUCUCCUUUAGCUCGGGAACUAACACGGAUAUUUAACAGCUACAACAAGCACACGAUCCAGCUGAAGAAGAACCUGAAGGAGACCAAUGCUUUCUUCCGGGAAAUCAGGCAAAACUACAGCAAUGCUUGUGCAUCAACCAUGAGCUCGGAGUCAGCUUCUCUGGAGGCAGCCCAGUUUAGCUGCAUCUCUUUCCCCAGCCACGAGGAAGAGUUCCUACGCAACACUGUGGGCGCUGCCCCAUACAUCGUGGUACUGGGCCAGGACUGUGCUGCCCGCUACCAGCUGCUCAACUGUCUCCUUGGGGAGAGACUGCUGCCAUUGGGCCCAGAGGCCGGCAAGGCUUGUGAAGGAGUCCAGGGCACCGUCUGCAAAAGACGGAAGCUGUGUUUCACCCACGGGAGGCAGACCCGGCUCAGUUUGGCGCUGCCUGGCCAGUAUGAGCUGGUGCACCAGUUGGCGGCUAACUGUGGCCGCUGGGAUACAGUUCCCCGGGAAGACCUGGAGAUCCACGAGGAAUGUGAGGACCCAGCACACAGGCUAGCAGAGCUGGAGAUCACCCUGCAUCAUCCACUGCUUCAGGAAGCGAAGGUCAUGGUGGUACCUUGUCCGAGUGUCCAGCCCAUAGAAGAGGCCCUGGAGGACUGCACUCGCAAUGUGAUUCCUAUCUUACUUUAUGCCAUCAACCAGGACUCCCUCAGCACAGAGCAGGUGGCAGAGCUCUGGAAGGUCAAAGAGAUGCUCUCCUUUCCCAUCUGUUUUAUCCGCAUCCCUGACACCAUGCCAGCAGCCUCCCCAGAACCUGGUCGCCGUGCCGAGAAGGAAAAGGAAAGGGAGAAGAGCCCCCUCCACAAGCAGUUGCUCUCCCUUGGUUUCCUAAACAGCCCAACAGGAAACUGCUCAUGUGGGGCCCCUACACAGAUGCCCACCCCGGGCGCCAAGCCCCAAAGCAUGCUGGGUGAGGCUUUCGAAAGACUGCAUCGGUUGCUGGUGCCUUUUGCUCGCCAAGUGCUUCAAAACCAGCAAGUGGAGGCUGCCAAUCUACUUAAUGGGCUCCAUUGUCGCUGUCUAGAUCUUUUCAUCAAUCAGGCCUUUGACAUGCAGAGGGACCUGCAGAUAACACCCCGCAGGCUGGAGUACACUCGUGAGAAAGAGGGCGAAUUGUUCACCUCCCUCAUGGCCAUUGCUAAUCGCAAACAGGAAGAGAUGAAGGAGAUGAUUGUGGAGACACUCAGCAGCAUGAAAGAGCAGUUGCUGGAGGAUGCUGCCAACCUGGAGUUUACAGACAUCAUCGUAACAACUAAUGGAGAGCCUGUUACGUCGAAGGAGAUCAAAUCGUGCAUCCAUCAGAUCCAGGAGCUGAUAGUGGUUCGCUUGAAUCAGGCUGUGGCAAAUAAGCUGAUCAGCUCUGUGGACUAUUUGAGGGAGAGCUUCGUAGGAACUCUGGAGCGAUGUCUCAACAGUCUGGAGAAGUCGCACAUUGAAUCUUCAGUCCACAAUAUCACCUCCAAUCACCUCAAACAGUUGUUAAAUGCUGCCUAUCAUGUGGAGGUUACCUUUCAUUCAGGAUCCUCCGUCACUCGACUUGUCUGGGAGCAAAUCAAACAGAUAAUCCACAGGAUAACAUUUGUCAACCCCCCUGCCAUCACUCCAGAGUGGAAACGGAAAGUGGCUCAGGACGCCAUAGAGAGUCUCAGUGCUGCCAAACUGGCCCGAAGCAUCUGCUCCCAGUUCAGGACCCGCCUCAACAGCUCCCACGAGGCCUUUGCAGCAUCCCUGCGUCAGCUGGAGGAAGGGCACACAGGCCGUCUGGAGCGCACUGAGGACCUGUGGCUGCGUGUGAGGAAGGACCACGCCCCUCGACUGGCUCGUCUGUCUUUGGAGAGCCGCUCUCUGAGGGAUGUGCUGCUGCAUGGCAAGCCUAAGCUUGGACGAGAAUUGGGCCGGGGCCAAUACGGAGUUGUGUACUUGUGUGACAGUUGGGGAGGACACUACCCAUGUGCCUUAAAGUCUGUGGUCCCGCCUGAUGAUAAACAUUGGAACGACCUGGCUUUAGAGUUUCACUACACAAGGACCCUGCCAAAGCACGAGCGUCUGGUGGACCUGCAUGGCUCCGUGAUUGAUCACACUUACGGAGGCGGCUCCAGCAUCGCUGUGCUGCUUAUCAUGGAGCGGCUGCACAGAGACCUCUAUACAGGCUUGAAGGCUGGUUUAUCAAUGAAAGAGAGACUUCAGAUCGCUCUGGAUGUGGUGGAGGGGAUCCGCUUCCUGCACAGUCAGGGCCUCUUGCACAGAGAUAUAAAGCUAAAAAAUGUUCUGUUGGACAAACAAAAUCGUGCAAAGAUCACUGACCUGGGCUUCUGUAAACCAGAGGCCAUGAUGUCUGGCAGCAUCGUUGGAACCCCCAUUCACAUGGCUCCAGAGCUGUUUACAGGAAAGUAUGAUAACUCAGUUGACGUCUACGCCUUCGGGAUCCUUUUCUGGUACCUCUGCACUGGUUCAGUUAAACUCCCAGAAGCCUUUGAGAAAUGCUCCAGCAAAGACCAACUCUGGAAUAACGUUAAAAAAGGUGCCAGACCAGAGCGGUUGCCUGGUUUCGACGAGGAAUGCUGGCAGCUGAUGGAGGCCUGCUGGAAUGGAGACCCUUCCCAGAGGCCCCUGCUCGGUAUUGUGGAGCCCAGCCUGCAAAGCAUCAUGGUCCGACUCUGCAACUGCGGCUCGGAACAGAAAAGCAGCAGCCUUGAGGACUCAAACUGAAAACACUCCAGACAAACUAACACACGUGUGAUAGGGAUUCUGAUCAGAAAAGUAUUUUUGUUGUAUUUAUGAAGAAAGGAGGUGAACAGGCGACCGAUGAAUUAUGUCCUCCUUGUUCACAGAUGUUGGCUUUACGUUAUUUAUGAGGAGUUGAUACAGACCAGAAGUUUGCAAUAUGUGUGUUUUAUUGUUUGUGCUUUGUGUAUUUGUAUACAAACUCUACAAUACGCUUUGCUCGUAGCUGUCGUGCUAAUUGCUACUGUUAUUUCAUUGUUACUAGAUAAAAAUUGUUUUAAAAAUAGUCCAUUCCCAGUAUUAUGAAAAAAAUGAUUAUAUAAAAGAUUAAUUUUAGAUUGUAUUUAAACUGAACAUGUCUGCAUCUAUACAUCUUUUUUUAAUAAAAUGAUCUGUU